CUCCUUUCCCUGCUGCUGUCGCUUCUGCUCAUCUACGACGUCUUCUUCGUGUUCAUCACGCCAUUUCUGCGUGCGAAUCGCGAAAGCGUCAUGGUCGAGGUGGCGAAGGGCGGCAGUGUCAUGGAGACGCUGCCCAUGGUCAUCAAAUUUCCGCGCCUCACGCGAGGCCCCUACAGCAAGUGCUUCCUGCUCAAGUUCUCCAUCUUGGGCCUAGGAGACAUCUUGGCGCCGGGUCUCCUCUUGUCCUACUGCCACGCAUUCGAUCUUCUUGCCCUCGGAAAAAGAUUCUACUUUUACAUUUCGAGCGCCUCGUACGGCUUAGGCAUGGUGGCCACGUUCACCGCACUUGAGUUGAUGCACAACGCACAGCCGGCGCUCCUCUACCUCGUUCCUUUCACGAUCAUCCCCACGGUGACCACGGCUUGGUUCAAGGGACACCUGUUCGCCAUAUGGAACGGAGUCAAGUUGCCUGAGAGCUACUCCAGACACCAGGCGAAGGACGAAUCAAGGAACCCGACUCCGCACUCGAGUCCCGGAAGCCGAGGCGUUGUGGCUGCCAGUUCGACAAGCGAGUUGAUUCCGGACAGCGGAGAAGGCAGCGAAAACGGCACCGCGAAUCAGCAGAAGCACAGGCGCCAGUCGAAGGCUUCGAAGGACCAAGGAGCCGAAGCCGGCUUCUCCAAAAAUGGAAGACUCCCUGGCCAGGAAGGCGAACCGCUCCAGCACGGCGGCGUUGGCGGUAGCGACGUCGUCGACAGCUGCGACCACGCUACCGUCGCGUUCCUUCAUCGCGGCAAUCGUGAUCUGGAGCUGGCGGCGUCCAACAUCGUGCCGGCGCCAGCAUCUGGGACGCGCGGUCCUCAGGCUUCAGAUGGACGCGAGCAGUGCCCGGCCGCGUGCGUAGUUGGCGCUGCGCGAUACAGGUGGCGCCUCCUGCAGGGCUGCGCAGGAACGGAUGGGCAGGACACAUCCCGUCUCUGCCACGAGGGAAGGAACGGUUUCCGUCGUGACCUCUCGGGUGGUAACGGGCCCACUACCAGUCCGUUCCCCGCCUAGGCAUGCGGCCUGGUCUGAGCCACUCGCUGCACUACGGCUUGAUUCAGCUUCGCUAUAAAAGGAUAACUGUUUUAAGAAAAACACGAAAUAUGGCUGAACGUGUCCUGCUUAAUAUGUAAAGGUCUUUCUCCGCGCAGACGCAUUCUACGAAUUAUCCUGCUAUUGUGCAGAUUAUUCAACGAAGGCUGUAUGUG